AUGUCGUACCCCUCAUGGUCGCAGAACUUUCUGCUGAGUGCCCGGCACCACAAUCUGAUUGAAGCGUUUGUUUCUGAGACUGAAAUCCCGAUUGCUGACAUUAGUUUUGAUUUGACCCCCUGGGUCGAGAAAGGCUUGAACCUGGCGAAGACGUCGGCCUCGCGGCCCCUGAACUCGGCGCAGACGCGGGACGAGUACCGGCGGAGGUCCUCGGAGAUCCUGAAGAGUUCCCGGAAAAACAGGCCAACUCGGUCGGCCCGGGCCGCAGAGGCGCCCGACAUGCCGUCCUUGGUAAAAACUUCCAGGACGCGAAUGAAGGUGUCGACAUGCACGUCGAACGUGCGUGUCACCGCCGCUACCCCCGGGGGGCGCGGCGGCGAGAACGCCGCGAUGUCGAUGGCGCUGAAGGUAAGCAGCGCGUGCAGGCCCGGGUGCGGGUGGGCCACGUCCCGGAUGAUGUGGUCGAACUCGCCCCCCGUCAUGACGAUAGGCGAGAAGGUAGCGCCUCGCAUUAGGUACAGGGCCGCUUGGCCGUCCUUUUCCCACGUGCGGCCCUCCAGCUUUUGGGCUUCUUUCAGCCGAUGGGCAUUGUAUACAGGCGCGGCCCCCGGGAUGCUCGCGAGCUGUUGGUAUCCCUGGGGCGUGGCCGACUGGUGGUAG